GCCACAUCCCGGAAGCGCCGUGCCGAGCUCCCGCCUUAAAGGGACCGCGCUGCGCUGCGCCCCCAUGGCGAGGCCCGGGCACGGCUGGAGCGGCGCGGCGGCGGCAAAGCGGGGCUCGGAGGAGGAAGAGGAGGGCGAGGACCCGCUGGACGCCAGGAUCGCGCGGAGCGGCUGCCUGGAGCAGCACCGGCAGCUGCAGGAGUGCAUGGCCGAGCGGCGGGACUGGCGGCACUGCCAGGAGCAGGUCCGCGCCUUCGGAGCCUGCAUGGCCCAGCAGCAGCGGCAGCGCGGCACCGGCCCGGCCCAGCCCCCGGACUGACACCCCCGGACCGACAGACCCCUCCUUUCGGGCUUGGUUUUUAUCCAACUUCUUAAAAACCCAGGUGGAAUUGCUGGGAAAUAAACCUGGAGUUGGUCAGCG